AUGGAGGGUCAGUCCGCGCCGUCAGCGCUCGGAGGCAGUGGAGGAGGCCGAAGCGGCAGCCGAAACCGCGGUUGUCUCAUGUCGGUGUCUUGCCUCACGUGGGCGAGCGACUCGCACGGCCUCUUCGACUACGAAUCCCGAAAUGUCUUCAAGAAAAACUUCAAAAUCCAGUGUCUACGAGAGGCGUACCGGGCGAUUCGCGUGAAGACCGACGUGCUGUUCCUUCCCGAGGAGGAGGCCGUUCACUUUCUUCAGCACCAGCAGGAGUUUCCUCCCUCCGAUGUGCGCUCGCUGUUGAAAAUUCAGUGGACCAAUGGAGCGUACCACGUGAUUCCGUCGCAUGCGUCGGAGGUCUGCAUCGACCCCUCUUCGCCGCCGGGGCCUGGGCACCGCGCCGGCGGAGGGGCGCAUGCGCGCGCCCUCGCGAGCUCGGCGGCGCCUUCGCACUCCUCGCACACCCUCCUAGGUCGCAACCCGAGCAGUCCCUGCCUCCAGCCCGCAGUGCUGCCGGCGUCCUCGCCUCUGGCGGCGCCCUCCACGCACGACGAAGGCCAUGGCGUCUCCUCGGCAGCUUCUCUCUCCGCGUCGUCGCCGCCGAGUGCGCGCCGGUCCGCAGGAGCCGAAAGCGACGGUGCGCAACCCGCUACGCCGCGGACGGCGGGGGCGGGGGCCGCUGGGGGUCAGUCUCUCUUUCCCCCCGAGAACAUGCUCCACGCCAGUAGAGGGCGAACGGCCUGGGGCCCCAGCGGGCCUCUGCGCCCCCCACAGACCGCCUCCCGCGUGGUGUCUCCGAAUCCGUCCUCCUCGUCUCUGGCGCCCGGAGCGGGGACCUCUGAGGGUGCGCCGGCUUCCUCAGUCGGCAGCGCGAGGCUGGUGGGCACUGUCGACCGGGCGUCGAGUCGCGCGUCCUCUGACGACGCUCCCUCGCAAGUCUCCUCGCCGCUGCCCGGCGCGGGUGUCUCGGAGGGCGCGAGCGCGACGGGGCGCCGGGGCCCCUCCGAGGCGGCCGCGCCCGACGGCGUCGAGGGGACCGCGUGUCUCCAGCGGAACCGCAUCGCGCGGACGGAGCCGGGCUCGGAGACAGCAGGCGGGGGCCAAGCGGCGGACGCCGCGAGCAGCGCAGGCGUGCCCCCCGCGUCGGUCGCGGCGGCGCUGUCGUCGGCGCCGCCUGCAGACGACGACGGCGAGAGCCACGUUAGCGGAUAUUUUCAUCGCUCGGGUAGCAGUCCGCACCUGCCGCCAGGAGGCUUUGCAGACGGCUCAGUCGGGGUCGGGGGCGGCGCGGAGGCUACGCGCAUCUGCAGUGAGAAGAUCUGGCUCGUCGUCCGGAGUCUCCGCGAGCGCGGCGGCGUGACGCUGCGGGAAGGCGACGUGAUGAAGCUUGGACGAUUUCGCCUAAAGGUGAAGGAGUUGGUGGCGAAUUUCCAGCAGGCGGCGCGAGCCCAGGAGCACCGCCUCCCUGCCGCAGACGCGGACGAGUGCGAGACAGUGGCGCCUGAACCAGAGAGUCAAACGGUUGCGCAGACGGCCAUGCACGUAAACCUGAAUAAUCAGCCUUACCUCAGUCUCCUCGGCGACGGCGGAACCGCAGUUGCCCUUUCCCGCAGCGCCUUAGGUGAAGGCCUUCGGGUCGCUUCGCCGCAGUCCCUUCCCCAGGGCGCCGCGGACCCGGCGGGGGCGUCAGGCGGCGGCGCGGGCGAGGGCAGUCGCGCGGAGGGCGAAGGGCGAGGCGACAGAGACGCAGCCCAGGGCGAGGGGCGCGCCCUCGCCGCCGCGGAGGCGGAGCCCCACGACGCUGCGUUUCUGGCUCCGCAGUCGCAGGCGGGGGCCAUGCCCGUCACGGCGGCAGCGACAGACGACGAAGAUGCCGGUGGAACGAAUCUGUCUCCGAAUGCGCGAAGGGACGACCGCGGCGCUCGAGCGUCGGAUGCUGGGGAGCUUUCAUCCAAUCCGCCUGCCCAGACUCCGUCUCAGUGCGCGAGAGCUGCGCCACCCCCCGCGGCGCUUUUCGCAGCAAGUCGAAGUGGCAGCUACGGUGCCUAUCUCCAAAGACCCGCAUGUCGCAUUUGUCUGUGCGAGGCUGCUGACGAGGAUGAGCCUGACAGCCGAAACAAUCCGCUCGUGGCGCCUUGUCGAUGCAAAGGAAGCAUGCAGCAUGUUCAUCUCCAGUGUCUGCGGACCUGGAUGGAAGGCCGGCUGAAUAUUCGAAGCGAUGGCACGACGGUGGGAUAUUUCCUCCGCGCCCUCGACUGCGAGCUGUGCAAAGCACCCUACCCGGCGUUCGUGGACGGCGGAAGGGGCAGAGUCAUUGAGCUCUUUGAGAUCCCGCGACCCGCCUACCCGUAUAUCAUUCUAGAGCCCCGCAGUUCGCACCCAGCGCCCUCAGCGCCUUCGCCGCCCGUCCCGCGUCGCGGCCUGCACGUGGUGUCUCUGGCGUCGCGUCGCAUAGCGCGGCUCGGCCGCGGCCACGAGUCCGACAUCCGCCUCAGCGACAUCUCGGUGUCUCGGCUGCACGCACUCAUCAAAUUCAGCCAGGGGGCCUUCUGGUUGGAAGACCAGAGAAGCAAAUUCGGCACGCUGGUGGAGCUCCGGCGGCCGCUCAAACUCGAGCGCGGAAGCACGGGCGUCGCUCUGCAGGUUGGGCGCACCGUUAUCUCCAUUGUCGUCAAGCGGCAGUGGAGCUUGCCUCUCCCGGCAUGCCUGAAGGGCGUGCGGGCGCCGGAGAGCGACAUCAUGGUCGUGGAGUGUCCGCAGCAGCCGCCCGCCGCGCCGCCGACUGCGAGCGCGCUCGCGGCGCCCUCGGCGACCCCAGUGGCGUUCUCGUCCGCGGAUUCGCAUGCGGGUGCAGGAGGCGCGGCAGGCACGGUCCUCUCUUCGUCCGUCCCGCGCGCGGGCGGCGGCGCUGCGGAGGACGCGAGCGAAGGGGUCCUCGCCGUUGCUGCGGGACCCGGCUCUUCGCACGAUGCGCCCACGCAGUCCGCGCGAAAUGCCUCGCCGGUGCGGCCCGAGACCCCGCCGCGACCUACCACGGAAGUCGCUGCUGGACGGAACCACCACGUGGUCGCGCCGCUUCCGCUCGCCAUGCAGGCCGCCGCGGCUCUCCAAGGGCCUCCGCCGACAAGUCAGGCGUUGUCUCAGCAGAGUCCCUGGCAGGCGAGAGAGGGCGCGGCUUCUGAGCAGACUUCGUCCGGCGCGAGCGCACCCCGGGCGGGCCCCCAGCCACAGCCCCAGGGAACUGGCGCCCCAGCCGACGCCCCUGCAACCGCGGUCGCGGAGCCCAGUGGGGCGACGCCGGCAGCGGGCGCUCCCGCUGUAGCGGGAGGGAGUACAGAGUCGCGCGAGGGGUUGACAGGUUCUUUCAGCGUUUCCGCGCGUAAUGAGGAGGCCGGUCAACCAGAAGAAAGCCAGUCUGGCGGCGGAGUUUCUGCAGAUGGAGAGACAGGUCAACGACGGGAACAUGUGGAAGGAAACAGCGGAAACUCGCCGUCGCCAGAGGGCGUGAAGAGGGGAGAUGCGGGGGCGGUGUGA